UUUGCAAUAUUUAAAAAUUAAAUAUUCAUUCAUUUAUUUGUGGUAUUUUAGUUUCAUCGCAGCAUUAGUAUCAUUAUUUUGGUCAAUUAGAAUAGUUGUUCAUGCUUUUGUUUUGAAGGCACUGAGCAGCUUGGGCACAUCAGGUGAAUCUACAUAUACAGGUAGGCAGGUAUAGGACCGGAAAUGCACCACCGUUUUUUUAACCAUGGCAAGAGAGGCUGCAGACCCCAGUUUGUUUGCUUGUGUACAGAAAUGCUAAAUAAGAGCAAGUGGACAUUGUUGUUGAUGGACUUUAUGGAAGUAUGGAUUGCUCACAUGUAUCACAGGAUUGUUGGAAUAUCACGUUGAAAGGCACGUCGGCGUCUGGAGAGCCAAUGGCCUACAGGAAUCACACAAAGUUACCCAACAAGAUCGAUGAGGUCAGACCCUCGGUUUGUUGCAUGAGGCCUGUCUUUAAAAUGGAAGAACCUGACAUUUCUCAUUCAGUGCUGGAGCUUCGGCAGAUCAACCAGCAGCAAGAAGAGACAUUGCAGAGGCCUGUUUUAUCAAACAGAUUUGCUCCUUGAAAGUUCCAGAUCCAACACAUUUUCUGUCAUGGGUAACUCGGCAUCCACCGGCUUCAUCACUCCUACCCCCAGGAAACUGUCCUGGGGGCACCAGAAAGAAGACAGAGUCAAGCUGGAAGACUUCUUGACACAAUGCGAAGAGGAUCUCUGGAGAGUUAAAGGAAGGCACGGUUUAUCUGUGAAAAAGGUCCACCUCAACCGCAGCAUUGGUUAUGUUGAUCUAGCUGUCCAAGAGUGCGACAGAUUUUAUCCAACGAGGGGUGAGAUGCUGAACCCUGCUUUUGUAGGAGAUCAGGGCCCAUGAAUGACUGAAUUCACGGUGGGCAAAUUAAGUCUACGCAACAACUCAGCAGGAGGAUCCUCUCAGCUGUGAUGUUUGAAGGGGCAACUGCAAAAAGGCCCUGUGACAGUACUGAAACACUGGAGGACUGUCAUUCUCUCACUACGACUGUAAGUGUGAACCAAAGAACAGGAAGUGAGACCUUGACAAUGAGAUAGAUACCUUUUCUUUCUUUUUUCUCCCUCUCUCUCUUUAAAUAUGACCAAAUGUAAAACUGUUUACUUUUUUGCAUUGGUGCAAAAAGCAUUUUUGCAUUGGAUGAUGUGAAAUACAUGUUAAAACACUUUUUGAUCAUAAGGUGAAUAGAUUUUAACAAUCAGCACUCAGACAAGACAGCCCAUCCGGUGGCAUUAGCUUUAAGCAUUGAGUGAGACAAGGAAAUCCUGUCUUCACAACUCUCCAUCUAUGAUGCACACAGUGUAAGGUCUGACUCUGAGAGGACGAGAUGGGCGCUUUGAAAUGGCCUCUGUACUUUGUGUGGUUUUGCCUCGAAGUUGUUCAAACCAAAGCCUCUUCUUGGACCGUUAAUUUGCCAGCUGCAGUUAAAGGUCUCAGUGGGUCCUGUGUGGUGAUUCCCUGCUCAUUUAACUACCCAGAUCCAGGGAAAGGAGUCACCACAUACACUGGGAUUUGGUACGAGGCAGCAAGUCAUCAUGUCCUCUAUCACCCAGUUGAGUCUAAAAUUUUCCAGGGAUACAAGACACGGACAAAGCUGCUAGGAGACGUUUCACAGAAGAACUGUUCACUGAAGAUCGAUCCCCUUCGACAAAGUGACCAAGGGAAUUUUUUUUUCAGGAUUGAAAUGGCAGGCUAUGACAGCUAUUCUUACAAAGACAAGAGAGUUUCCAUUUCAGUGAUUGGUGAACCACACAUCACUCUCUCUGUGAAUCAGGAAGUAGUGGCGAAUCAGACUGUGCAGGCGUCCUGCACCAUGUCUCCCUCUUGUCCCACCUCUCCUCCUGUCUUCACCUGGAGUCACUCCACAGUGGAACCUCCAUAUUCACCGCAGUUUGUCGAUGACCAGUGGAAAACAACGGCUAAUUUGACCUUUCACCCUACCCAUGCUGACCAUAAUAAGUCUCUACAGUGCACCGUCAGAUACAACGGACAGGAGAGGCAAGCCUCCAAGGUCCUCAAUGUAAAAUACGCUCCAGUGAAUGUGAAGGUUGAGCACAAGUCUGAUGUAAAGGAGGGAGAAGAUGUGCUCCUGAAUUGCUCUUGUGAUGCUAACCCAUCUGCCAGCCGCUAUGAGUGGCAUAAUGAAAAUGGUUUUCUGCUGUAUGAGGGAAGCCACUUCAAGCUGCCAAAUGCCUCCAGACACAUAGGUGCAUUAUAUUGUACUGCCCACAAUACAAUAGGACAAGGAAAGUCAAGCCCUGUGCAGCUCAGUGUGUUCUAUGCUCCAGUGAAUGUGAAGGUUGAGCACAAGUCAAAUGUAAAGGAGGGAGAAGAUGUGCUCCUGAAAUGCUCUAGUGAUGCUAACCCUUCUGCCAGCCGCUAUGAGUGGCAUAAUGAAAAUGGUUUUCUGCUACAUGAGGGUCGCCGCUUCAAGCUGUCGAAUGUCUCCAGACACACAGGUGCAUUUUAUUGUAUUGCCCACAAUACAAUAGGACAAGGAAAGUCAAGCCCUGUGCAGCUCAGGGUGUUAUACGCUCCUGAGAUUAAGAAAGUCUCCUCCUGCUCCUCAGAGGGGGGUGUUGUAAAGUGUGUGUGCAUUGUGGAGUCCAGGCCCACCUGCAUGGUCCAUUUUGUGCUCUCAGACAGAGUCCUGCCAGGCACCAAGGUGGAAGAACAUGGCUCUGUUACUAACUGGACCCUGAAGGCAGAGUUUGGAUCUUUUGAGGUUGUCCACUGUCUGGCAAACAACACACAGGGCAAUGCCAACCUCACACUCUCUUUACCUGUCAGUGGUAAGAUGCAGAAUCUCUACAUUGCCAUCAUCAUUGGAGCAGGUGUGGUUUUGGUGAUACUUUUAAUAGUAGUGGGAUUGGUUACAAAAUGGGGAACAUCUGGAGAUACACCAGCACCUCACAUGAGUGAGAUGAGGACAAACAAAGCUGAGGAUCUUCCUCAGUAUGCUGCAACAGAAAGAAAAGAGAUGCGCUACCAAGAUGUACAGUUCUCUAGCCGGUAUGACAGUGAAGCUGUGUAUGGCAAUGUGGAGACCGGAUGGGAUGACGCUAUAUAUGCCAAUGUGUAACAUCGUUGGAUUCAUUGGAAGUGCAGCAGCGUGUUGUCCAGAUGAUGUGGGUCAAGGCAGUUAUACAAAAAAUACUGAUGUUAUUUUCUAUAUAUUACAUAAGUAUUGCUUUGCUGUAUCCUGCAAUUCAUUUAUUACUUUUCUGAAGAAAAAAAAAGUCUUAAAAUAACUUUGUGAUAAAUGCACUUGUGUUUACAGUUAUUGUGUCUCUUGUCCAAAACUUUUCUUGUUUGUUUGAUCAGUCAUUGAAUACUAUGUUUUGUGGUAAAUCAGCAUUAAACUAUGAUAAUACUUGCAAA